GAGAGAAGGUUUAUAACUUACCUCUUUAAUCGCCUACAAUUGUGGUAAAUUCUACACCAACAAAACAGUGACACCAGAGCUAACACCAUCUCUCUCUCUCUCACAUGCAAAACACACAGAAAAGAGUAACAAGUGAACAACCACAACCAUGGCGGCCACCAUUGUUAGGUCACCGAAGCUCUCCCUCUCCCUUCCUCCACCUGAAUCAACCACCUCAAAUCUACCAUCUCUAAACCAGAGCUUCUUCACUCCGUUACCUAAACGACGUCGUUGUAUCUCGAUCUACGCAUGUACCGCUGGUGAUCAAAGCAACAGUGCAUUUGGAGGUGAAAUUAAGAAAGGACAAGCGAUUGAGCUUAACAAAGUUAAUGAUGAGAAUCCUUAUGAAUUUAAUGCUAAGGAUUCACCUAAUCCCUUGCCUAGGCCAUUAACUUCGGCUGAUUUGAGCAAUAUGGCUUCUGAAGGUUCUCGUCUUCGGGUUGCUUAUCAGGGUGUGCGUGGUGCUUAUAGUGAAUCAGCUGCAGAGAAAGCAUACCCCAACUGUGAAGCAGUUCCGUGCGAACAAUUUGAUACUGCUUUUGACGCUGUUGAAAGGUGGCUUGUUGAUAGAGCAGUUUUACCAAUAGAAAACUCUUUAGGGGGGAGUAUUCACAGGAAUUAUGACCUUUUGCUGAGAUAUCGUUUACAUAUAGUUGGAGAAGUCAAACUAGCAAUUCGACACUGUUUGCUGGCUAACAAUGGCGUCAAAAUCGAAGACCUGAAAAGAGUUCUUAGCCAUCCGCAGGCUCUUGCUCAGUGUGAGAACACAUUAACGAAGUUGGGAUUGGUCAGAGAAGCCGUAGACGAUACUGCUGGUGCAGCCAAGUAUAUUGCUUUCAGCAAACUCAAAGAUGCAGGAGCAGUUGCAAGUUUAGCUGCAUCUAGGAUCUAUGGUUUGAAUGUGCUUGCACAAGAUAUUCAGGAUGAUUCUGAUAACGUCACCCGCUUCCUUAUGCUGGCUAGGGAGCCCAUUAUUCCUCGUACUGAUAAACCAUUCAAGACAAGUGUAGUCUUUUCACUUGAUGAAGGUCCGGGAGUGCUUUUCAAGGCACUAGCCGUUUUUGCCAUGCGGAGUAUUAACCUUACCAAGAUUGAGAGUCGUCCACUGCAAAAGCAGGCUUUGCGGGUGCUUGAGGAUAGUGUAGAUGGAUUUCCAAAGUACUUCCCUUACCUUUUCUAUGUUGAUUUCGAAGCAUCAAUGGCUGAUCAAAGAGCUCAAAAUGCUCUGGGACAUCUAAAGGAAUUUGCUACCUUUUUGCGAGUUUUAGGAAGUUACCCUUCAGAUAGUGGAAUAGCUUGACAUUACAAGGCAAGCACCUGAAGACGCUCUUAUGAAAGAUGCACGAUGGUGAAAUUGGUGGUUCCACUCUCCGAUGACUGAAAUUCCAUUAUAGAUACCAUGCAACACUACGAUUUGAUACGUGUAAUUACUAAGUUCAUCUUCUUUUCUUGUGUUCUUUAUUUUCUAUCCCAGAUUUGUUCUCCUGGGUUCACUGGUCCUGGAGCAUAUUGGUACUGAAGGAGUGAAAUGUAGAUGAUCAGAGUGAUACAUGUUCUGUAGAAUCUUUUGCCUUUUAAUUGUUUAUUUAUGAAGAGCAGUGAUGAUUCUUUAUUGCAUUUGGUAACUUUGCGAUAAAUUUAAAUUUUA